GGUCAUAAUCUCGCGUGAUUUACACAGCCGGCUUGCACAUGUGCGUACUCCAUGUACGCUACAAACACACCAGCCUUGAAGGAAGAUGGGGGGUGUUAGUGUCUGAACUAAGGUGACAUUUGAACUGUUGUGUCUUUACUAACAGACAGACAGAUACUCAGUGGACUCAUCUGUGGAUUAAUGGAUUUCUCAGGCAUUUGAACUACAUUUCUCUUUAGCAGCUGCUCCUCUUAAUUCCUCUGGACAAUUUCCAAUUACUUCAGUAUGUGGGUAUUCAGUAUUUUGCACCAGCACAAGUUGCUUCUUGUUUGGACCAGAAGACUGCAGCAGCCUGGAUUAAUCUCAAGAAUGGGCUCUCAGUUUGUGUCCUACCACGUCUCAGCUGCUCUCCGGUGCCCAGAGGACAGAAUCAUCAAACCUGUGGUGAAGAGACAACGAUGGCAGGAUCGUGAGAGGUCAGUUCAGGGCAAAGCGUGGAGAAAUGAAACCCCAGAGUUGCAGAAGCAAACUCAGAGGAGGACAGAUGGCAGCAGGGUGUCGUCUGAACUCAGGAAGCUGUGUCUGGAUGAUUUCCCUGCAGAGAGGGAGAAGCUGGUGAGAGAGAGGUCAACACCGGAGUCCGGAGCAGAGAACCAUGAGACUGUAUUUGGCAUCGCUCCCUGUCUCUUGGCUCUCACUCACGGCAGGAGGAAGGCCCAUAAACUGUUUGUAAAAGAUGGAGAGACCUCCAACAGGUCCUCUGUUGUGAAGGUGUGUGAGGAGGCUCAUCGGCGAGGAGUACAAGUCCACCGGGUCAGUAAGAAAGAUCUGGACAAGAUGUCUUCUGGGAGGGUUCAUCAAGGAGUCUGCCUGCAAGCCAGUCCUUUGCGCUACCUCACCGAAGACUCUGUGCCCCAAAGAAGCGACAACCGCCCCCCUCUCUGGCUUGUCCUGGAGGAAAUUCAGGACCCGAUGAAUCUGGGUGCCAUCCUGCGCUCUGCAUACUUCCUGGGUGUGGACAGAGUGGCCAGCAGUCUUCACGACAGCUGCCCACUGUCUCCCGUCGUCAGCAAGGCCAGCUCAGGCGUCAUGGAGGUGUUUGGGGUGUACGGGUAUGAAAACCUUGAGGAUAUGCUGAGGUUAAAGGCGUCACAGGGCUGGCAGGUGGUAGGCACGGUGGGAACCGAAGCAGAGGAGUCCCACGUCAUUCCUGUCACACAGUGUUCAGACUUCCAGUUGACAAAGCCCACGUUGUUGUUGAUGGGAGGUGAAGGGGAAGGACUGUCCAAGGAGCUGCUCUCUUUGUGCCAAACCCUUCUCUCCAUCCCAGCUGGUAGAGAGUUGUUCCCUGGUAUCGAGUCUCUCAACGUCUCCGUCGCUACAGGCAUCCUGCUGCAUUCUCUGCUGUCAACCAGGUGAUGACUGCCUUUAAAUACCUGAUCAAAGAUGUAAGGAACUGAGAAUUAGCCACUUAUAAUAAACAGAAUCACAUGUACGACACUGAUCUUUUUACUGCUGUCUUCAGAAGUGGCUUUAAAGGGUGCGGAUGAUCAUAUUUUGUAAUUUUUCUAAUAUUAACAAGCUCAAUAAAAACCCCAAAUAAACUAGUAA